CCAGACAGGAGUUCCUUAUAGUGACCAAAUAACAAAGUGUACGGGGAGCAGAAAGCGAAGGACAUGUAGCUUUUAAACCCCUUCCCUGGACCUCCCGGACGCCAAAAUGAGGCGAUUAUGGAAUUCCUUGUUGCUGUGUUGCCUUGUUAUCCUCGUGGACGCUUUCCAAGAUGAGGAAGUGAGAACCCCCGGGUUCACUGCAGAUAACUACACAACCAUACAAUCAACAAUCUCCGACAAAAUAGCAGAGAAGAACGUGGACUCCACUAAAAGUCCUAAAAAGCUUAAGUGUGUGUGCAGCAACUGUCCCUCACAGGAGUGUGAGACAGAUGGCCAGUGUUAUGUCACCAUCAUACAGGAAAUAGCUGGAGAAAGACAGAUUUAUAGGGAACAGGCGUGUUUGAACAAAAGCAAGCAGUUCCCUCCUGGUAGCUCAUACAAGUGCCGAGAAGGCCACUCCGACAAAAUAUACAAAAGGAUGAGAGAAGAGAUCUUUUGCUGCCGUGAUGCUGACUUCUGCAACCGGCAUGUGACACCGGCCUCGGGGGGGCUGGCCCAGCCUCAGCCCACACAAGAGGCCCCCCCGUGGCUGGAGCCUGGUGAGAAGGGUGGGGAAGUAGCAGUACAAGGGCCACCAAUGCGUUACCUGCUGCUGGCUGGAGCCGUGGUAGUGUCUUUGCUGCUAACUGUUGUUCUGGUGGCCAUCGUGUGUUACUGGCAUCAUCACAGGCCACAGAAUGAGCGGAUCCGUCGAGGUUUCCCAGAUGUGGAGUCCAUUUUAGACCGCUCCGAACUGCCUCUUAUGGGUCCACACACACCUAUCAGGGACAUCAUUGAACUCACUUCUAGUGGUUCUGGUUCUGGCCUACCAUUGCUAGUUCAGAGAAGCAUUGCUCGUCAAAUUCAGCUAAUAGAUAUUAUUGGGAAAGGUCGGUAUGGGGAAGUGUGGCGUGGAAGGUGGCGUGGAGAAUUUGUGGCUGUCAAAAUUUUCUCAUCAAGGGAUGAGAGAUCCUGGUUCCGUGAAGUGGAAAUUUACCAAACAGUAAUGCUGCGUCAUGACUGUCUUCUUGGAUUCAUUGCAGCUGAUAAUAAAGACAAUGGAACAUGGACUCAGUUGUGGCUGGUGACAGAUUACCAUGAAAAUGGAUCAUUGUUCGACUACUUAAUGCGGUAUACAGUAGACACAGCUGGAAUGAUCCGUAUGGCUUUGUCCAUUGCAACUGGCUUGGCUCACCUUCACAUGGAUAUCAAUGGAAAUAAAGGGAAGCCUGCCAUUGCUCACAGAGAUUUGAAGAGUAAAAAUAUUCUUGUUAAGUCAAAUGGAACAUGUGCAAUAGCAGAUUUGGGUCUGGCAGUAAGAUACGACUCUGUCACAGACACUAUAGACAUUCUUCCCAACAACAGGGUUGGGACAAAUAGGUAUUUAGCUCCUGAGUGUCUUGAUGAAACAUUGAACAUGAACCACAUCGAUUCUUUCAAGAGGGCAGAUGUUUAUGCACUAGGCCUAGUGUACUGGGAACUUGCUAGGAGGUGUAACACAGGUGGUGGGUGUGAGGAGUACCAACUGCCCUACUAUGACAUGCUCCCCAAUGACCCUACCAUUGAAGAAGUUCGUAAGGUGGUGUGUACAAAUAAGCAGCGGCCGGUGAUUCCCAACAAAUGGCAGUCUUGUGAAGACCUGCGAGUGAUGAGCAAAUUGAUGAAGGAGUGUUGGUAUCACAAUCCUGCAGCGCGUCUCCCAGCUCUGCGCAUCAAGAAGACCCUUGCCAACCUAGGGGCUCACGAUGACCUCAAGUGCUGAACGGAUGAAUCAGUGAGAGGAGACAUGUUCAAGUAUUAGUGCUUCCCUUCAUGACCCUUGUGCCAUGUAAGGGGCAUGCACAUAUAUAUGUGUACAGUCGUAUGUUUGCUUGUGUUUGUGUAUGUGUGGGUGUGUGUGGGUGGGUGCGUAUGUUCUGCCUGCAGCAGUCUUGGUACACAAGUUUAUAGUUCUUGUGGGCAUUACAUUAUAACUAAAAAUAACUAAACACAGCAAAUAUUAAAGAGGAGAAAAAAAAAAAAGUGAAAGUGUCUGAGAAUGUGUGUGUGUGCAUGUACUCAUUUCACCAGUCAUGGAAAGACUUGCAGUUGCCAGGGAAAUGAGUGCAUAUGUCACCAGUCUCUGGCAGGCUGUUUUUUGUUUUGUAUCAUAGAUCCCACAAUUAGUACAGUGAGAUGUGCACUCAUUCAUCCAAAUUGCAGGUGACAGUGUGGCUCCAAAAAUUUCAAAGCAGCUUGACAGAUUUUUACAAACCCAUGUAUACUGUACCAGUUAAUGUUUGACUUAAAGAUGGGCUGGUCUGAUUGAAAAUGUAUUAACAUUACUCAAGGCUGCUUUGUGUAGGUGGUGUAUUUGUGUUUUAAUCUAUUAUUGCCAUAUUAAUUUACAGAUAAAAGUAAGUCACCCAGUUAGCUGUAAUUUAGAGAAGCAUUUUAAAAUCAUGCCUUCAUUUAACCAUUUCCUCUCAUUCCACACAUGCUAAGAUGAUGUUCAUUCCUCAUAAUACUUAGUUCAAUUCUUUUACUCUGAACCUGAUCAUCAUUUCAUCCACAACUUUCAUAUAAUCAUAAAAACAAACCGUCAGGGUCAUGUUUCCAUAGUAAAAUGAGAUAGUGGCUAUCACAAAAUUAAGUAGGUGCCAUUCCUCAUGAUUCUGGCCAUGUGAAUUUGUGCAUAUGUUACUUUACUCUCCCGGCUGUUAAAGAGACAAGGUAGUGCCUGUCAUGCAGCCUUGACAUUGGUAAGAUAGACAAAUGCUCCAUGCUGUGUGCGUGUGUGGAGGCAUAAUAACACAGGGUCAGAUACUGUUGAAUAUAUUCCUCCCAAGAUAGUCCUCUUGUGUUAUGAGGUAGGAUGAGACUGAGCUUUGAUUGUGCAUUUUUAUGAUCAGGUUUGUAGCAUUGUUAAGUUUGUUGUUCCAUUGGUAUGUGAGGGUAAAUUGAAGUUUUAUUACUAAUUUAAAUGGAUUAGUGAGAUGGUGAAGCAGUUGUAUCAAAAAAUAUCUGGAUUUCAAACUAACCCCAGUAGUAAUUAAUAUUACUGCUAAUGUUAGAAUAAUUUACUUUAGCUGUAUUAUUUAGUGCCAAAGCUUUAUGAGGCAGAUUAUUUGAUAGGUCAUGGAAUAUAAGUUACAGUUUGAUAAUUUCAUAUUAUCAAGACAUCUCAAAAUAUUGGUCACUUACAUCUAAGCUACAUUGAAGCUUGAGUUAUUGUUCAGUAUCUGAGAACAGCUACACCUGCUUUGGAAACCAAAAUUAUUAUGCCACACAUCUUUGGCUUUGUCAGUCAGAUUCAUAUGCAUAUAGUUGUACACUGUUUUGCAAUUACGUAUUUAAAUGAUGCAUAGCUUGAUCAUUCCAGCAUUUUAAUUUUUCUUCAAUUUAUCCUAUUGAUUCUCUUCUGUUUUGCAGUUCACAGAAAUAUGUUUUUAGUUAUUCUUUAACAUAUGUGGCAAAUCACAAUACUCACAGAUACUAAUUCAGACAAUUCUCAUUAGUGUUUAAUUUUGCCAGGAAAUCUAGUAUCAGAUUGUAAAAGUGGUUUCAUGCAUGGACUUCCCUCCAAAACUUGAGGAAAGCUUUUCAAGUGUCACACCAGUAGAUUUUGCUAUUUAUUAGUGAUAAAUAUUAUUGACAGCUGCAGAAGAUUGUGCAGCCCAUACAGUAAGAUGCUGUAAUAAGUAGAAUAUAUACUUGUCCCAUUGCAGCAUGGUUGAAUUAAGAGAUAAAAUUGAACAUUAUAAUUCAGAUUUGUUUCCUCAAUUACUGUUGUGGAAAGGAAUAUUUCUAUGAAGAUGACUGUCAGUGGAAUGCUAAAGUUAUCUCCUCAGUAUUUUACAAGGUUCAAAUAAUAUGGAAAAGAAAAAGAUGGAGGUUAAAAUUUACAAAACUGUUUGUGGCUGUUGGUACAACACUGGGAAGAGAUGUGACAGAUGCUAAGGUUGUUAGUGCCAUGUUUGAAGAAUCAGAUGACUAUUGUGUGAAUGAAAACGAAGAUGUGUAAAAAGUGGAGUAGAAAUUUAGACUGGACAAGCAAAAGAAAAAAUAAGCUGUACCAACUUUUCAAAAAUUGAAUGACGGAAAAGCAAAAAUAAAAAGGAAAUGUAAAUUGAAAAUUACCUAAAAAUGAAGUGUAACCCAACUGCCAUGAAGGAAAAGGGGAUCAAGAUAUCUAAGGUAAAGAUACCAGAUGUGUUUGUUAGUCAUCUAGUUGCCAAGCCCUAAAAAAAGAUAGGAUAGAAACUAAAAACUAUAUAGGAAAGGAGCAGAAAUGGUAAAAAGAUAGGGAAAGAGAAGAAUUAAGAGAAGGAAAUAUGUAACAGAAGUCUGUGUGGAUUAGCUUGCAGGUAGGAUAGAAACUAAAAACUAUAUAGGAAAGGAGCAGAAAUGGUAAAAAGAUAGGGAAAGAGAAGAAUUAAGAGAAGGAAAUAUGUAACAGAAGUCUGUGUGGAUUAGCUUGCAGGUGUGAGUCCCACAGUCAUCUGCUGUGUGAGUUUGGUGUGGGAAUACAGUUUACAGUGUGAGGUUGGUGUGAGAAUACAGUGAAAAAUUUUGUGGGUGGAGGUUUGACUUGCAAAUUUCACUGGUUGCAGGUCUGGUAUGGGAGUACUUGUGGGUGCAAGGCAGGUAUAGGUCAGUGUAUUAGAUGAGAUAGGCUGAACAGGUUAGUGAUUUUUACAUGAUUAUAGGAUGGAACUGGAAGAUUCCUAAGGUAAUGGGUCAAGAAUGCUAUUUAAGGUUUAAGAGUAAAUGACAGAUCAGUGCAGAGAGCUGCCCUACUAAUUUGCUGAGGGAAGGAAGGCAAGAACAUCUUAGUGAUUUUUACAUGAUUAUAGGAUGGAACUGGAAGAUUCCUUAGGUAAUGGGUCAAGAAUGCUAUUUAAGGUUUAAGAGUGAAUGACAGAUCAGUGUAGAGAGCUGCCCUACCAAUUUGCUGAGGGAGAGAAGGCAAGAAAGCUAAGGUGUGAUGUAUGGUUGAGAUUACAUGGGACUUAAUAGCCCUGGAGUAAGAGGUUGGCCAAGUGGGCUUGUCUCAAAAAGUCACUGGUGGUUAGCUGGUUCAGCCUUAAAUGUUCCAAUAUUUAUCAUUGUUUAACAAUUAUUAUAUAUUAUACAUACUUUACAAAAGUUGACAAUUUGGGUGAGACAUGGAAAACUGUAGGUGUCAGAUAGGUAUGGAAAGUGGACAGCUGCAGGGUGGGCCUGAGACAUGCAGACUGUAGGUGCAGGCUAGGUGUGGCAAGUGGACAGCUGCAGGGUGGGCUUGAAACAUGCAGACUGUUGGUGCAAGCUAGGAGUGGGAAGUGGACAGCUGCAAGGUGGGUGUGAGACAUGCAGACUGUAGGUGCAGGCUAGGUGUGGGAAGUGGAGAGCUGCAAGAUGGGUGUGAGACAUGCAGAUUGUAGGUGCAAGCUAGGUGUGGGAAGUGGACAGCUACAGGGUGGGUGUGACAUGGCAGACUGUAGGUGAAGACUAGGUGUGGGAAGUGGACAGCUGCAGGGUGGUUGUGGGACAGAGUCAUGCACAGUCCUGCUGGUAUGCAGUGUAAACAGAUUGGAAGUAGAAAAAAAUAUAUAAGGAAAGAAGAUAAACAAACGUUAAAUUUUAUAGUUAAUGGACCUGAAAUUAGUGGAAUUAAAUGUAGCAGAAGCUAUUUGAUCUAAUAACAGUUUUCUAAGUUAGCAUAACACUGAUGAUGAGAUUGCUUAGCUAAUUAACAGUGAUGAACAACAACAUUGUGAGUGAGGAAAUGAAGAGGGCACUGCUUGAUGGUGUAAAAUUGUUAACACUAAAAAGUUUAAAGUAAGUAAAACAUGAACAUAGAGUGAAAGUCAGACUUUUGGUAUUAGGCAUUGGAAGCAAAUUGUUGGAGAGGUGCUUGUGGUGUGAACAAGAUGGAUGGCAAAAAACAGUGAAAAAGAGCAUUUGGCUGGUAUGGUUUGUGCUAAAGGUAAAGGAACAAGUUGUUGAAUAAGUAGACAUGGUUAAGUGCAACAGCAGGUAUUAUGGUCAUGAGAGCUUGGGAGAAAGCGAGAUGGCAAGGAGGAUGCACAGGAUACUCACAUGGAUGCUCUGGGUGUAAGAAGAAUCGGUAUGGCAGGACAGUGCUUGGAAUACUUAAGAGAUAGAGAAAAGAAAGAUGAAAGGUUAAGUAGGAUGGACUGUGUGUGAGUGUAAUAUAUGGAUAGGUGCAAAUGAGGACUCACCUGUCAUGGCUAUUCCUUUAAGGAAGUUCCAAGGAAUGGAUGUCAGAGUAGAUUGUAUCAUGUACAUUAGAAAACUGUGUACUGAUAUGUUCUUUUUGUAUACUCAUUCACAUCAAACACUGAAUUGCAGCUUGAGUGAAAGAUCUCUAAGAUUUUUUUUUAUUAUUUAUUUCUUAGAGCUGUUGAUGCAGAGGAGAUCUGCUAAAAUUAUGAGAGUAACCCAAUAGCCCAUAUCUCUGACACACUCAAAGAAGCACUGGUGUUGUUGAAGUGCAAGAGAUGUGUGAUGACAUUGUAUGUCAAACACUUGUUACUGCCAGUAGUAGUAGUAGUUGCAAUCGUAGUUGAAAUUCACAAAAAUGUGAAUUGUCCAUUUUGAAAUGUACCUUCAAUAUUUUCCUGAUGACAAGGAGUUAAUAUAAAAGAAGAAAAAAAUUUGUCUGCACAUGUAUAUAAGAGUUUCAAAAAUUUUAUUACUUUUGCUACUAACAAACCUACAUAUAGAUGUCACUUCAUGACUUACUUUUUUUUUUCUAAAUAUUACUGCCUUGGAUCUUUGGAUCUCUUUAAGAAAUAGCUAUGCAUACAUAUGAUUUGAACUCACCAGUAGCAGUCAUGCUUUGCAUGAUUUUUGCAGAAAUAUUUUGACAAAAUAACCAGUAAAGAUAAUUUUAUCUGAAAUAACCAAGGAAAAUAUGUGGACGCCAACUGGAUGAAGAUAAAAAUAAAGUGUGGAGCACACACAAACUACAAAAUUUAGAAGAAAAAAUCAAUAGGCAUUUGUACUGAGAUACAUACUUCUAAUGCAUACUUGUAUAAAACAAUAAUUAAGAGUAAAGUAUGCAUCAUGCAUCAGUAAGUGGCAACCCUGGCACCAGUUCAGGUCUUCCUGUGGUUUCUUGCAGUUCAAAUUAUUGAGUGCUGAUACUUCACCUGUAAUUUACUUAAUGUAAUGAAUAUGAUAUCAUAGUCACUUCACGUCAGAUACAUACCUUGGCCUUUGAGAACAUGACAGUAACAGGUACAUCAGGAAGAAGUCAGUAUCAGGAACAAGCUUGUGAUGUUUUUGAGAGUCAUCAUGGCAGUGUACUGACUGAAAACAUAAUAGAUAAUUUCAAUAGAUCAUUUUGAUAGAAGCAGAACUGCAAGUAUAAGUACUUUAACGUGUUACCUAAGUCUCGCCACUGAAAGUCAGUGAAAUCAUGUCUAGUAAUGAUAAGCUUUGAUAAAUAAAUGAAUUUUUGCUAUCAGUUCGUAGCUUACAGAAAUAAUGUUAUUCAAAUAAUCAUUCUGGAAAAAAAUAAAUACAUAGUUGAGAGUAUAAAAAAAUUAAUGAUGAGAAUAUGUCUAAAAAUUAAACAAGUAUUUUGUGUGUGUGGUCUGUUUGUAGACCCUGUACUGAAACCUCCAAGCAUGGCCAGACUUAAUAAACAUGCAAGAGUGACAACUGUAGCAUCUAAGCAUCUAAAGUUACUUCCUCCAAUCACCUGGUUAUCUCACCAUGCUGCUGGACAAGAGCUAUGUGGUUUUCAUGGAAGCUGCUGACUGACAGCAGUGGAUGAAUUUUAUGUGAUGUCCCCAAGAACCAGAGGGCUCAUCAUUGAAUAAUUGGGGUGCCGUGUAUGUACCAUGAAACCGUGUUAUUAUGUGUUGACCAAUGUGGAUAGAACUUGACUUGCCUAUGUGCAAAACAGUGUUAUCAAACUGGUUGGUGUAUAACUGGAUAUUUAUGUGAUGUGAUGUUUCUUGACAUUUUUGGUUCCUGUAUGAAAUACUUGUAUGCUGUAUGGUAUGAUGUGAUGUUAGCUCUUGAAGAAAACUUUUUAUAUCUUUGUAUUCAUAACUUGACCAUUUCUUUUAUUCAUGUUCCUGAGAUAUCUUGUAGUCGUGUGAUGUUCAUAUUUGUAAUGGUGUAAUUUAUGUUUCUGAAAACAUUUGCUAUGUGUAAUAUUUGAAAUACCUAAGUAACUGGUGUUAGCAGAAAAGUAGAAAAGAAAAAGAUAAAUUUUCACAUUCUAAAUUAGCCUUACAAAAACAAUCAUUGUAUUAUUAUUAUUAUUAUUAUUAUUAUUAUUAUUAUUAUUAUUAUUAUUAUUAUUACUGUUAUUGUUUGUUUGGCAGUUAUUAAUUAUUAUUAUUAUUAUUGAUUAGUAUUAUUCCUAUUACUUAUUUCAACAUGUAUUUAGCUAUUUUUUGGAAUAUAGUGCAUGUGUAAUGAAUUUUAUACAUUAACUGUGAAAAACAGUUAUUUAGAAUGAAUGGCUGUGGAUGCUAAGAGUGAGGGAGUGAAUGUGCACUGCAUAGUAUUUGUGUGAGCAGUUGAAAAGGUGUGUACUCUAUAAAUCCAACAAUUUUAAUUAAUUUGUUAGUAUAAUUUCUUACCUGUCAUUUCAUCGUGUUAGGCAGUCCUUUGAAUUAUUUUAUGAUAUAUUUUUUAUCUAACAAAUGAAACUGAAAUAAUAAGUCUUUGUUCCCCUCGUAACAAUUCAUCCUAGAUGAGUCCAAGUGAUAAUUACCAAGUAAAUCAAGUUGUCGUAAAUCACCACAUUCUGACUUAUGGAACUAGUCACAAAACACUAACCUUGAAAUAAUUAACAUUUUAUUAUUUGUAUUUUAUAGAAGAAAAGUUCACCUUUUCCAUAGUGUUGCAUCCACCAUAACAUGCUAUGACCUGUGCUGUGUGUAAGCUGUGUAUGUACAACAAUAUAAACUUGUUGAAUGCAGUGUUGACUUAGAACUGCAGGUUGUGUAAUUGAUACCAUUGAUUUGUAAAGCAUCAGUGACAGGAAUAAGGGAAGGUUUAUCUUUCUGACUUGGCUUAUUGGUCAAACAAUUUUUCUGUAAACCUCAGGAAGACAAUGUAUUAGAAAAAAAUCAAGCCUCAGUUAUAUUUUUUGAAUCUUUUGAUGAUGAAAGUUCAACAUAGCAUAUCACAAACCCUGCUCUGCUAUUUUUGUCAUCUCUGGACUUGCCUAAUAUUUAUGGUUAGGGAUUAUGAUUUGGGUAACAAAUCAAUGUUUGUAUGUAGUAAUGGAGUGUUGAGACAUGUCUGUAAUUGGGUUCAUUUAUUUGCUUUAUUCAUCUUAAGCUUUUAUAGUUACAGGAAAAGAGUUUGUGGGGUCUACAAGUCUUUGCACUGUGAUAAUAAUGGCCAAUGUCUAAUAACAGUAAAUGUAUCUAUGGAAAAUUUGUCACUGCAUCAGGUGGAAUUUACUAAGUGCAGUUAUCAACAACAAUUUUUUCCCACAACAUAUUCUAAGGUAUCAAACCCAUUUUUACCCCAUUCUUAUCACAAGAAAGAAAAAAAAAAAAAUUUGGUCACUUAAAAAGGUUUUGACAUAUUGCAGGUAGGAAGUGGAUGUCUUUAUUGCCAACCUGUGUUGGAGGUGACCUUAGUAGCCUCAGGAUAGAAUGAGAAGUUAGCAGUCUCAUUUUGUGUAUAGUGAGGCAUGUGGGCUCUUGACAAUUGUUUAUUUGUUGGGAAGGUGUCCUUUUAGCUAUUCUGAAUGAUAUUGUAAUGCCCACAGUUGACAUUCUGUUCCCUCCCCCUAUAAGAAAAAUAAAUAUAAAUAAAUAUAAAUAAUAAAAUAACUCAGAAAAUGGGAUCACCAGCAUGUGACCCAAUAGGUAUUUAGAUAUUAGUAAUGAUUGUCCAUUACCACAAUGCAGCUGCUCACCCUACCUCCCUCCCCCUCCCUCAGGUGCCACAAGUGUCUGUGUCCGCCAUAUUCCCUACCUACACACAGAGGUCAAUGUUCACUGUUCGCCAGGUAACCCUAUCCCCAACAAGCUCUUUUGCAUCAUGCUGAUUCCAACUACCUCUGUGUCAUGCCAGUACUGUACACUGGGAGGUACAUACAUGCAAUGACAGCUGGGAGAAUCAUGUAUACAUGUUUUAACAUUGUCCUCUAAUACUUAAUACUUUUACUGGUCAGAUGAUAAUGACUUGGUUUAUUAUUGCGCUUGGUCCAGAAUGACACAAUUAAUGCUUGUAGAAUGCAAAGCUUCUUUGCCUCUUGGCACUUGUCUGACUUGCAGGGACAGUACUACGGAGUUUAGGUUACCAAUUGUUCGUGGCAUCAAAGCCAUUACAUAAAAUAAUGGAUGACCUUACUUAAGUGCAUACUACACAUCCCAGUCCAACAGUUACUUUGCACCUUGAGAGGCAUAUAAACUUGUCCUGCUGGCCUCUAUUUGUACCUUGUUAAACUUUACAAGUACCCUGAAGCAUUCACAAAGAUAUGUUAUUUAUUUAGAAUGAACAUUAACUGCCCGUCAGACCAAUGCAAGAUUAUGUCUGUGUCACUGUUUCUUUGUGACUGACAGUGCAAACUGUUCAAAGUGGUUGUGGUUGUCUGUAAACCUGAACUUUACAUUGUGUCUCCUCAAGGAGCAACCCAUCUUUGUGGCUUAAAGGAGUGGAUGAUUGUCCUGUUGUGGGAAUGAUACUCUGAGGGUCAUGCACUAGUUAGGGGAAGCACAGUGCACCGAACACCCAUCGGUUGACUGAGAGGAAGUUUGUAGUCUGACAAACAAGGGUGUGGACAGUUUCUUCUCAAAGAUAUACAAGUUCAAUUUAUUAAGUAAUAUGGUUGAUCAUGGUCUGUGCAGAGCUUGAGGCACUUCUUACUGCAAACCUUUAAUAUGAAAUUAGAAUUAUGUAAUUGGUUGUAAUUGAUGUAAGGAUACAUGUCCCUCUAGCAUAUUGUGUAAUAUUUUCUACAGCUUGAAAGUCUUAAAACUACUCUUUGAAAUAGAAACUGCACACUUUCAACCGCCCUCUUCCCCUGCCACUGCCCCUGUCUCCUUCCUUCCUCAGAACACUGUGCGGAGGCCUUUGUGCCCCUGACGAGUGCUGAGUAUGCCUCCUGCAUGUCAGAGCUGUACAUUGCAUAUAGCGUCCUGUCGUUAAUAUUAUCAUUACAACUAGUCAUCAUUACGCCUACGGAAGGUCAUGAAGUACUCGGAUAACUGUAUCGAUCACGUGCAGCCUUUCUACUGCACUGUUUGUUAAAUACAGAUAUUUUAUGAU